CAACAGAUCCAUCGGUGGUUAUCAACUGUGCGGCUGUCAAACUUGCUCUCGUUACCGAAGUCGGUUUGUUGGUGUUCACGCGUGGCCGGUGCUUUGAGAGCAGAGAUCUGAUGAGAGAGAAAAAACUGAGAGUCGGGUGAAUGACACUCCAAAUUCAUGAACCAUCGGUUCGGGUGAACUUUUUGUAUUUGGUGUCUUCUGAGAACGCGCAUCACCACGUGCAUCGAUAAGGGAGCAUUCAUUAAUAUCUCCAUUGAACGGAGUUUCGGUUUAUAUGAACAGUGCACCACACAAUUCAGAAUGAGUGAUCAACGUUACGUAACGGAAAUACCUAGUAGUUUAAAACAACUCGCACGUUUCGUAGUGCGUGGUUUCUAUACCAUUGAGGAUGCGCUCGUAGUGGAUAUGCUGGUGCGAAAUCCCUGCAUGAAGGAGGAUGAUAUCUGCGAACUGCUCAAAUUCGAGCGAAAAAUGUUACGGGCUAGAAUUUCUAUUCUGAAAAAUGACAAAUUUCUGCAGGUUCGAUUAAAAAUGGAAACUGGUCCAGACGGUAAAGCACAAAAGGUGAAUUACUAUUUCAUCAAUUAUAAAACCUUUGUGAACGUCGUCAAGUACAAGCUCGAUCAUAUGCGGAAGCGUAUGGAAACCGAGGAACGCGAUGCCACUAGUCGUGCAAGUUUCAAGUGUCCUUCCUGUGAUAAGACUUUUACCGAUCUGGAGGCAGACCAGUUGUUCGAUUUUGCAUCCGGCGAAUUUCGCUGCACAUAUUGUGGCAGUACUGUGGAGGAAGACAGUUCGGCACUACCGAAAAAAGAUUCACGCUUACUGUUGGCCAAGUUCAACGAGCAAUUACAGCCGCUGUACGAUCUGUUGAGACAAGUUGAAGAUAUCAAGCUUGCUCCGGAAAUUCUCGAGCCUGAACCGGUCGAUAUUGACACUAUUAGAGGUAUUGCCAAACCAACCAACAGGAUUUCAAAUGAGCAAUGGUCCGGCGAAGCAACGCGAACCAGUGGAUUCGCUGUGGAAGAAACCCGUGUCGAUGUUACCAUUGGUGAUUCAGACGCAGUGGAAACCACAACACAUCGGAAAGAUCGUCCGGUGUGGAUGACGGAAUCAACUGUUAUUACCAACGAUGUGGAUGAAAAUUCAGUCGAGUCAAUUCUAGAGAAAGCUGCAUUCACCUCCACACAACCCCCCGUGGUCACUAACAGCACUAGUGUUAUUUCUUCCGCACGGAACCGUAAAGAUGCCGACGAUAUCAUGUCGGUAUUGCUACAGCACGAGAAGCAAAGCUCUCACAAUGCAACGAAUGAUGCCAUCAAAGGGCUAGGUCUCAACAACGAGCCAAGCAGUGACAGUAGUGACGAUGAGAAGGAUAUUGACAAUACAGAGAUUCCCACUGUUGAAAUUAUGGACACCGAUUCGGAUGACGAUAUGCCAAUGGUAACGGUGGCGGGACGACCACACCCACUGGAUGAGAUCAAUGACACGCUGAUAGCGGAAAUGACUCCACAGGAGAAAGAAACGUAUAUUCAGGUGUAUCAAGACCAUUUCAGUCAUAUGUAUGACUAGAUGGAACGACGAAAAGUAAGUGACAUUAAAAAGUUGAAUUUAAAA